UCUCUCAUCAUUGUCUCGUGAGGUUUUGAUCUCCAGCAGCAUCAUGCCUGAACCAGCGAAGUCCGCGCCGAAGAAAGGCUCCAAGAAGGCCGUCACCAAGACCGCCGCGAAAGGAGGAAAGAAGCGCAGAAAGUCCAGGAAGGAGAGCUACGCCAUCUACGUGUAUAAAGUGCUGAAGCAGGUUCAUCCUGACACCGGGAUCUCUUCGAAGGCGAUGGGCAUCAUGAACUCUUUCGUCAACGACAUCUUCGAGCGCAUCGCCGGUGAGUCGUCUCGUCUCGCUCACUACAACAAGCGCUCCACCAUCACUUCCCGAGAGAUCCAGACCGCCGUGCGUCUGCUGCUGCCCGGGGAGCUGGCCAAACACGCCGUGUCCGAGGGCACCAAGGCCGUCACCAAGUACACCAGCUCCAAGUAGAGCUCCGCUGCAGCUCCACACACAAAGGCUCUUUUAAGAGCCACACAACUUCUCACUGAAAGAGCGUCUACUAAUAUUUUAUCUCAAGGUUCAAUCGUAUAUUAAACCAGAUUGAGCUAAGCAUCGUUUGCUUACAGAAAUAAACCACCCUUUCUCGGACUUUACAGUAAUCCAGAUAAUGAAAAUAAAACGCAUUUAUUGCAUAAUCCUAUUGUAAC